CGCAGAUCAACGCGUAUGCGCCCUCCUGCAGUGACCGCCGGCUCCUAGGCUGCAGCGCGUGCGCUCCAUGUGGGUGGAGAUCGGUCGAGAUACACGGGCGCAUGCGCUUGGCUUGUGUUGGCCGAAGGGACAAAGCCCCCAGCGAGGCUGUUGCGCUGCGGGGUGCGAACUCCUCGCGGAUGUUUGUGCGCGUGCACCAGGUGGUGCGGCCCCUCCCCCAGCUGCUACGCAUGCGCGUUCCUUUCGGAGACGGGCUUUGACGCGCGUCGGGCCGCCCCCGGGUUCAGUCGCAGCGUCUUGACGUCAUCGGUGGGAGCCGGAAGCGCUGCCUAGUUACCAAGAUGGAGAGUGUGAUUUACAGGAAGCUACCGCCGCAGGCUGCAAAGCUAUUGGAUCUCCAGCCUCAAGGAUCAAAAGAGGCCGAAGCUUUUGUAAAUGCCUUUCUGAAACGUAGUAUGCCACGACUGAAAGAUGAAGCCAUCCAGGAUAAGCUAACCCGAAAAGCUGUAGUUCUUGAGCAUGGUGCUAAAAGAAGGAAAAAGGAAAAAAGGAAGAAAACUAAAGGGUUUUCUGCCAAGCAGAGGAGAGAAAUGCGGCUCUUUGAAGUUAAACCAGAACAGCAAAAAUAUGCGUUGUUUCAACCAUUACAUGAACUCUGGAAACAAUACAUCAGGGAUCUGUGUAAUGGACUCAGACCAGAUGCACAACCACAGAUGAUUCAGGCCAAAUUGCUAAAAGCUGAUCUCCAUGGAGCUAUUGUUACAGUAACUAAAUCAAAAUGUCCCUCUUACGUUGGGAUCACAGGAAUUAUUCUACAGGAAAUGAAGCAUAUUUUCAAAAUUAUCACUAAAGAAGAUAAAUUGAAAGUUAUUCCCAAACUUAACAAUGUAUUUAGCCUGGAGGUUGAUGGCUUUAUUUCCCACAUCUAUGGUAGCAAGUUCCAGCUUAGAGCAAGUGAGCGUUCUGCAAAGAAGUUCAAAGCAAAAGGAACUAUUGACUUGUGAUAUUAAGGAAAUUUCAAAGAUAUUGGGGCUUCGUUCAUAAACUGAAAAUCAAGUUAAAAAACAAGAACAUAUGGAAUUCUACAUCUUCUAAAGUACUUCUUUAUACGGAAGUAUGAGUUACAAGAAACAUUUAAGUUACAUCUGUUAUGUACUAGGUGGUCUCCCAAAAUCCUCAAAUUGCAGUAAUAUGUCAAUAUUUCAUUUAUUGAAAAUAUAGUAUAUAACUAUAUAUAUUUUUUUAAUAGUAAACUAAUAUUUGUGGUGAUUCACAUCACUUUGUUUGUCAAAAUAAAAUCCUUUUCCCAAUUAUUGCUUGACUUAAUAUAACUUUAAUUGUGUUGGUUUAGUGUGUAUAAUAAAUGUCUCAAUUUACAUAUUUUCAGACUGUGGAACAUGUAUGAAUCCCAAUUCCUGAUGUUAAAAGUUGUCUCUAUGACAUGUUUCACGGACAGACAGGGUUAUAUGGAAGAAUUUACAAUACAGAAAAUGAAUUAAAUCUUGUUUACAACUUUUUUUUAAAUUCUGUGUUUUGGCUUCCAUACAUAUUACAGUGCUUAUAAGAAGACCAUAAAAGACUUAAGGCUUUUACUGUAUAAUCACCAUUUGGUGAUGUAAACACAAUAUAAUUUUUUUAUGAUUUAAAUUUUAUACACUUGCUUUGUGUAAACUAUUUUCUCCUAUACCAGGAGCGACUGUUUCAUCUGAUCCGUUUUAUUUUGACCUAUCUGUGACACAUACCAGUGCUUACAAACAACAUACAGAUGAGGGAAGUAUAAAUGCAUAGCGCACUCUUUCUAGCUGCAAAGAAUAUCACUAUAGCCUGUGCCUUCUCACUGUGGUGUGACUUGUCACUUCAUUAAAUUUCUCAUGUCUACUCUGUCAGAUCACCCACUCUGGCUGUCUUGCAUUUGGAAGG